AUGGGAAUUGACCACACCUCCGUUUAUGUCCCCGAGGACAGGUUCAAAGAAUGUCUCGCUUUCUACACCGAAGCGCUUAAACCACUGUCGUACGAGGUUCGUAUCCCCGUUAAUGAUACGGUAGUCGGUCUGGGCUCUUCAGAAGACUCUCCUCAUGGAGCCGACUUCUGGCUUAUUGGCGUUAAACACGUACCAAAUCAAUCAUCGCACGUCGCUUUUCGAGCAAAAGAUAGAGAUACGGUCCAUCGCUUUCAUGCCCAGGCCGUUGCGGCAGGAGGCAAAUGUAAUGGUCCGCCUGGUCCACGUCCCAUGUAUGGUCCAGCGUAUUAUGGGGGGUUCGCUCUUGAUCCCGCGGGGAACAAUAUUGAAGCCGUUUGCUUUAAGCCAGAGUAG